AUGUAUAUGAGUUUACUAUAUUUCCAGAAAAUGAUCAAAGCUUUGACCUUGUUGGUUGCAGCGGCCACGGCUUCUGCUCUUCCUCCCAGACUUUUUACUGACGUAUCAUGUCAAGGAGCUGAGAAUGUGACCUUGUGCGAGGCUGACCUUCAAGUUUGCAAGGACGUCUUCUCCGCCAGCAAGGAAGAUGAACUGAGGAGACACACUUACAAGAGCUGCCUGAACGAGCACGGUCUGGACCACCUCGAUGACGUGGACCCCGAGAUCCUGUUCCCUCCCACAGACGCCGAGGCUCUUUCGCUCUUCGGGUCCGAGGAGAAGCACCGGGCCGUGAGGAACUGCGUCCUUCAGAAACUGGUGUUUCCUGACGGCGCAGAAGACGUGGAGCCGUUCCUGGCGAAGCUGAUUCUCGCCCUUACCGACACCCGUCCCGACAUCCUAGACCGCCUUCUUCACAAUGCUGAGUCCUGCGCGGUCGUGAACAUUGAUGAGUGGAAGACGUGCGUCCUCCUGGGAUGUGUUCAAGACGACCUCACGACGCCUGUGCCGACGACCACUGCCUCGGGAGAGUGAGGGGGGGGG